AUGGACGCGCGCCUCGAUCCCGCCCGCGCAUUAGGCCUCGAAGAAGGCGAUGCCCACGUCAUCCGAAAUGCAGGCGGACGGGUCACGGAUGCACUGCGCAGCAUCAUAAUAUCGCAGCAGCUGCUUGGGACGAGGGAGAUCAUCAUUGUGCAUCAUACCGAUUGUGGAAUGCUUACCUUCACCGACGAUGUGAUCCGUCAUAAGAUCCGGGCGGACCUGAAGCAGAGUGCAGAUCAUAUUGCGUUUUUGCCGUUUGGGGAUCUGGCGCAGAGUGUUUUGGAUGAUGUGCAGAUCUUGAAGGAUAGUCCGCUUGUGCUGGAUGUUCCUGUUACGGGGUAUUUGUAUGAGGUUGAGACGGGGAAGAUUGUGAAGGUUGAGUAG